CCUCGAUAUUAUCGAAGGAACACGGCACAGAGAGAGAGAGAGAGAGAAUACGAGCAUCGCUUCCGUGCUCUCUUCUCAUAUAGAAAGACAGAUAGAAAGAGAGAGAUGGGGAUGGUGGGACUAAGGUUAUGGUGGUUCAUCUUCUUUGCGAUGGCGAUUGCUACCUUUGUUGCUGCCCGAAACACCAUUUUGCUGUCACCAGGUAAACAGGAUAUAGCAGAGGUAGCGAUGGAGACGGCUCAGCUUCACGUUCAUCAUGGAGGAGAAGAAGGAAUAAGGAGGUCUCUGAAGGUGAGCUUAAACGAUUACAGUGAGCCUUCAGCAAACCACGGGCACGACCCAAAGAACAAAGGCAGCAGUGGCAGUAGUAGUAGCAGUGGAAGUCACAAGAGCCGUGACACCAACGGCAGUACUCCAUGAUCACUCUAUAUAAUUCAACUCCUCCUCCCCCUCAUACUUAGGUGCUCUAAGUAUUAAUUUGCUAUAGUUUGAUUAUAGAGUUUAAGAGUUUUGAGUUGUCUUCUCCGUCUUGGUCUCCUUAAUUAAUCUCUCUCUCUCUCUCAUGAUAAUGAUAGGAUGGUACCUGUAUUAAGAGAGAGAGAGAGAGAGAGAGAGAGAGAGAGAGAGUGGGAAGAGAUUGGAACUCUCGCGAUUUGGAUUUGAGGGAGUUAUGUUGACCUCUCUG